AUGCGCGCUUCUGACUUGCUUGCCUGGCAACUUUGCAGGGUAGCACUCCCACGGUGCCUUACUUCGCAGCUCGGUAUUGGCAUAGACACAAUCAUAGGGAUGUACGAGUACCUCUCUUACACACUUUACCACAGUUGGUGCACCAAGUGCACUCCAAGCGAACCUCCGACGGCAUUCAUCCGCUUCAUGCCGCACUUGGACGUCGAUCCUGUUCUGGAAGCCUUCGGCGAUGCCUCAAGGCUAGUGCCGAUGCUGGCCCGGGCAAGGAAGCUCAGGGUUCCAGGUUGGUCUGAGCAAGGCAAGCCCAAGCCUUCCGACACCUUUCGGCUGACGGACCAGAACAACAAGGAACAGCGAAUAAAAGUCUUGGAUCUUGAUCCUCUCGUCGCGCGGAAGGUCUUUGGAUUUGGCUCUCUUGCUGCGUCCAGGACCCUGUGGAGAACUGCUUGCGCCGACAUUGCUCCUAUGUAUCGCGAGGAGGUCUUCUCCGAAUUGAUGAGCGCCGUUGCAAGGCUACAAUUGGCAAACGGCUUCAGCUCAGGUAUUGAUGCUGCCCCUUUUGUGGUGUUCAACGCUGCUGCGCAGCGGCCUCAUUCACGAAGCGGUUGCAGCGAGCGUGGACCCUGGGGAGACAUUCCAGGCUUCUUGAUCGCCCGCCUUCUGUGCCCACUCCUCAGAUUCCAAGAUCAGAUCUCGUUCAUGGGGUCGUUCCCGGCCGGAUACCACCCUUUGGCGCAGGAACCGCCGGGGCGUCAAACCCUGGACAAGGAUGCUACUGUGGUACGCUCCCCUUCUCAACGACGGGAGUUUUUGGACUCGCCGCAACAAAGAAAGAAGCCGCGUCAGAAGGCGCCGAAUGAACAACAUAAAGUCGCCAACGUCCAGAUCUCCCGCCGCAACCAUACGCGAACUGCCCACCCAAUACCGCGCCUGAGAUGA